AUGACGAAUUCUUACCGAGAACCGAGGAGUAAACUCUCAUCCCCAUCAUCUGAGAAAUCAAAGGCAUCCAGCUAUCGUGAUAGAAAGGAUAGUACAUACUCAAAUUAUUGUCAGUUCUGUAUGGACACUACUCAUGUCACUAGUAACUGUCAAUUUGCACGCAAAGUUGCUCCUGAGGAAGUUGAAGCUAAAAGCAAACUCUUAUAUUCUCAUAAAUCGUCGUCCAUUAGUGAUCUCUCUUCCAACUCUUCUGAUGAUGGACAGUACUCGGACAAUGAGAUGCCUCCACCAAACGAUUUACCUUGUCUAAUUUCCAUGGAGAAUUCGAAAACAGUUAUAGCUCUUCGAGAUAACUCUGACUCGUCUUUGACUCGAUGUUCUUACGAACGAAAUUCUAUAAGCUCCUCCGAAGAAUCGGAGAGUAUGAAGAUGAAAUAUGAUGAACUCAAAUCAUGGGUUAAGUCUCUGCUCUCUCUAGACGUCGUACGAAACGAGUUGUUCAUGAACAAUCCUCUUCUCGCUUCUGAAGUCGUCAAAUUCUUGUAA